UCGAAACACACACACACACCCGGCACAUUUGUUGUGAGGCAAAAUUGAUUCCGUAUUAAGAAAGAUAGCCAAAAGUCAGACUACUCGACCCAACCCCGACCCGAUCAUGUUUCCAUUCUCGCUCAGGAGUGGCGAUCACCUGAAGGUUGACCUGGAGCAGAAGGAACAGGCGGUCAUGCCCACGUGGCCGCAAUUGAAUGAAACAUUUGUGGGCAUCCUCGGCUGGAGUUGGCUCAUCUACGUGGUGUCCGCCCUGAUGGUCCUCAUUUGCGGAUACUUCGCUUACUGCGAACGUCGGCGCCAGAUGGAGUCGACGCGACGUCUCCGCGGGCUACAGCGAGCCCUUGCGAGGCCCCCUCUGAAGCGCCGACCGAAUGCCGCCUAUCGGGAUCAUCAGAUAUAUCGGCACAUCAUAUUGAGCUUGGCCAAGUACAUGAAGAAUCCGGAGGGCGUGCUUCCGUUCAUUGAGUAAUUGGAGGC